UUUUUCUUCUCCUUUCCCGAGAGUGGCCUUCUGACGCCUACUGCAGAGCACUUCAGCCGGUUGCGGCGAAGGCCGCAGACAUGGACGGAAAAGACCUGCUGCGGUUUUGCCGUGUCAUAGAGGCCCGGCGCAAGCGCCGGGCAGCAGCAGCAGCAGCAACAGCAGCAGCAGCAAGCGCUCCUGCAGUUGCUGCCACAGAGGCUGCUGCCAUGGCAGAAGAUGAAGACGACUUAGCAGCAGCAGCAGCAGCAGCAGCCGCUGCGGGCAGCGCUGCGUCUCAUCCACAGAGCCACCUACAGCAGCAACAGCAGCAUAGCAGCAGCGCCGACAGCAAGAAUGGCAGCAGCAGCAGCAGCAAAGAAACAUAUGCGGAAAGCGAAGCGCUGCAAGAGCUGCUGCCUCGUGUGGGCCGCCAGCUGGCUGCGAUGCCAUUGCGAUCAAUGCUGGAAGUCUUGACAGCAACGGGAGGAGAUAUGCGCGUCGUUGCUGCUGUCGUGCUGAAGCUGCGUAACUCUGCUGCUGCUGCUGCACCACCAGAUCUUGCUGCUGCUGCGAAGGCGCUUGCUGCAGCUGCAGUAGUUGACGCCAAGGCCUUUCAGGAGCUGGACAAGUACUGCGCAGAAUGCUUCAGCUUGUGGAACCCCACAGACCUCGCGGCCCUCAUUGCAGCAGCAGCAGAGCUGCAUGUUUUGCUGCCCGAGACGCUGCAGCAGCUUGCAGUGCAUGCACAGACUGUUGUUGCCAGAGCACCCCUGGAGGACCUCACGCUGCUGCUGCUUGGGUGUCUCCGCCUGCACCGUGUCCCUCAGUCUUUUCGCUCUGCAGCAGCUUUGCGGCUAAACGCUGCGGCCGACAGCUGGCAGCAGCAGCAGCUGCCGCUGCAGCAGCGGCAGCAACUGCAGCUGCGAAAGGAUAUAGCCGAGCUAUCUCCUGCAGCUGCAGCAGACCUUGUCGCAGCAGCAGUGUUUCUGAAACUGUUCCUUCCAAAUGAGACGGUGCAAUUGCUGCUGCUGCAGGCCCCUCCGCAUGAGCUCGAGCUUCAGCGCCUAGCGCAGCUGCUGGGGGCCCUUACCCAACAAGCUGCAAAGGGGGCCCCCUUGCCUCUCAGUUUCCUGCUGCUGUCAGCCAACAGAAUUACAAGUCGCAUUGCUCCUGCUGCGCUGCAGUUGAUGCAGCGGCAAGCAGCGCAGCAGCGACAGCAGCAGCAGUGGCAUCUGCAGGAGCAGACCGAAAGCAGCCAUUCUUCAGCAGCAGCAGUAGCCGUGGACCCAGUUAGCUGCUGCACUCUCCUGCAUGCGCUUGCGUAUGGCACAGCUGCAGCAGCCUCUGCAGCAAAAGACCUGGCGCUUCCUUUGAUUGCAGCUCAGAAGCUGCUGCAGGCAGUCUAUGUGCUGCAGCAGCAGCAGCAGGACCUUCAAGUCUAUCCACAGUCGCUUGUGGACUUCCUCAAGGCCCAGCAGCUAACUGCAGCCCUCUUCAGCGUACCCGGAAGACAUACUGCAGCAGCAGCAGAUUCUGGGCCUGAACCUGAAGCAGCUGCAGCAGCAGCAGCGGCCGUCCGCGCUGUUGCUGCAGCGGCUGCUCCAGCAGCUACUGUGGAGGCAACAGCAGCUUCCCCUGCUGAAGCUAGACUUGAAAUACCCUUCAAGGCCAACUUGCAAGUGGGGGAUUGGAAAAAAACUCUUUGUAAGGAGCUUCAGGACCUGCGAGACUCCUUUGUGCGUGCUGCAGCUGCUGAAGGCGCAGCUGCAGCAGAAGCAGACACAGCGGCAACAGCGCCGGGAGAAGCAGCAGCAGCAGCUGCUGCUGCUGCUGCCAAUACUGCAGCAGACUCUUUGUUGCCAGAAGGCAGAGACCUGUGGCGUCGCGCUGCCAACGCGGAAACGCUGCGCAAAAUCGUCGAAACCGUGGCGCAGCAGCAACAGCAGCAGCAGCAGCACCAGCAGCGGGGUUUCUCUUCGCGGCAGCUUUUCUCUCUUGCCUAUUCCGUGGGGUCAACUUCGCUGCUAGGUCCUCUUCAGGACACUCUUUGCACUGCUCCGUUUUUUUGCUGCUGCGAACAAAGUACAGCAGCAGCCGCUGCAGCAGGUGCUGCAGCAACGGCGGCUGCAGCGCCUGCCGCCUCUUCAGCAGCUCCAGCAAGGCUGCAGAGAGAAGUUCUGGGGAUCUUGCUUAGUGUUCUGCAGCAGCAGCAGCAACAACUACCGGCCCCUAAAAGCACUGCUGAAGCGUUGCAGCAAUACGCUGUCAGCAGCUACUGCAUGCGCGUGCUCUCUAUGCCCCUGGCCCACAACUUUGGCCCAGAGGGCCAGCUCGAGGUGGGGGUCCCCCUGCAUGGGGCCCCCCUGCAUGGGACCCCCCUGCCUGGGGCCCCCCUGCCAGCUGGGGGCCCCCCAGCCCUGCAGCUAAGGGCCCCCCGGGUAGAGCAGGAGCUGUUUUCUGUGCUAAAGGAGGAGGGAGUCUCAGUGGUGCUGGGGCCCCGGGUGGUCCCCUGGGUCUGUGUUGCUGCUGCUGAGACCAGCAGCAGCACAGCCUACUGCUACCUGCCGCCCUCCAGCCUGUGUGCUUCGGCGCGGCUAGUAGCAGCAGCAGCAGCAGCAGAGACGGAGGCGCAGCAGCAGACAGGCACCAAAGUGCAGCGGCUAAAGGUGGAGACGGACGGCCUGGGCUUUGUCUGGGUCGGGGGCUGCAGCACAGUGCAGCAAGACACUGCUGCAGCACUAAAAGCCCUUCAGUGGUGGGGCUGGACUAUUUUGCUGCUGCCCCACACUCUCUGGGAGGGCCAGGCUUCCCCGAGGCAGCGCGCGGAGGCCCUCAAGAGGGCCCGCGAGAGGGCCUCAGGGCCCCGUGCAGCAUAG